UUGCGCCUGAUUGCUGACCGAUCAUCAAGUUGCGAGGCAGAGGGCGAAGGAAGCGGCGAAGGAUAAUGUCAGCGUCAUCGGCGUACGGACAUCUCCGACGGUGGCUGGUGGAACACCCGACAGUUGAAUCCUUCGAAUGGAGACCCGACGAGACCUUCGGCGCCUCCGCCCCUUUCGUCGCCACCGCCGUCGCCUCCUAUCUCACCCUCGUCCUCCUCGCCCGCGGGACCCUUCCCUUCUCCCGGCCCUCGCCCUCCCUCCUCCGCCGUCUCUCCUUUGCCCACAACCUUUUCCUCCUCCUUCUCUCCGCCACCAUGGCCGCCGGCUGCUCCCUCUCUGCCGCCGCCCGCCUCCCCUCCCCCCGCUGGUACUUCUGCUUCCCGCCCUCCUACACCACUCGAUCCGGCCCCCUCUUCUUCUGGGCCCAUGUAUUCUACCUCUCCAAGCUCUACGAGCUCGCCGACACACUCCUCAUCCUCCUCUCCCCACGGCGCCGCCUCACGUUCCUCCACGUCUACCACCACGCCGUCGUCGUCGUCAUGUGCUACGUCUGGCUCGCCACCGCGCAGUCCCUGAUGCCCGUCGCCCUCGUCACGAACGCAUCCGUCCACGUCGUCAUGUACGCCUACUACCUUUCCAGUAGCGCGGGCUGGCGAUGGUCCCCGCGGUGGAAGCGGGCCGUGACGGAGCUUCAGAUCGCACAGUUCGUCUUCAGCUUCCUUGUCUCCGGCGUCUUCCUCUGGUACCACUUCGCCGGCGGCGGGUGCGAGGGGAUGCGGGGCUGGCUCUUCAAUGCGGCGUUCAACGCCUCCCUCCUCGCCCUCUUCAUCGACUUCCACCUCAAGGCGUAUAAGGAGGCUAAGCAAAGACUCAAGACUGCUACCGCAGCCUCCGCCGCCUCCUCUUCCACCACGGAGGCAACUACGUUGUGAUGGCUCAAUCGCGGCGGUGGCGGGAUACAGCAAAGAAGCAUGGACGCCGAAUUUUGAUGAGUGGCAUAAAGAUUACCUGAAACUGAAAGAAGAAAACUCACUAAGUGGAAUUGCAAUGGCAUAAAAUGAUAUAGGUUUAUCUGGUAUCUGCAAAUGCCUUUAUCAGAUUUAAUAAAUGGAUAAGAAUGUGCAACUACUUGUAAAACUAUUAUCUUUUAAAAACUAAAUUAUGUUGACACAUUUAAGAAUGUGCAGCUACUUGUAUAACCUUCUGGACCAACUAAGUUUGUCUUAUGAAUUGCCAUUUUUACCUUCUGAUUUUCGUUGUUCAGGUUCCGUGCCAUGUUCAAAUAAUUACUCCAGAAAUGUUAAUCUGCUUUAAAUGAUACAGUGAAGUUUGAUGUAUUUGACAAUUUAAGUAUCUUACUUAGCUGACAAUAACUGCUCUAUUUUGCUUCCCAUUGCAGAACCCUUGGCACACUGACUAAAAUCAAUUUUAGGUUUGAUUUGGACCACAGAUUGCUAGAUGCAAGAGUUGAAGUACUUUCUAUGCUUAAUGUGAUAUUACUUUACUUUAUUUCACUGUAUUAUCCAUCCAAGGAGUUUAUUUUUUGUCAUCUUUAUACUCAUGUUGUUUAAACGGGUUUUGAUGCAUAUUCUUUUGUGUAUUCAUAUAUUGCACAUUAUGUUCUACUAUUUUAAAUGGAAGUUCUACAAAACAACUUAUAGAUUUGUUAUGUUAUAUGGAACUGAAUGUUGGGCAAUGACUUGAAUACAUGAGCAGAAGAUAAGAGUCACAGAGAUAAGAAUGUUGAAAUGAAUAUGCAGAGGUACUAGGAUAGACAUGAUAAAAAAUGAGAACAUUAUAAAGUAAGUUAGGUUUGCGUCCAUUGAGGAAAACUCCGAGGGACGCGUUUAAAAUGAUAUAGACAUGUACUUAGAUAACCAAUAAAUGCUCUAGUUAGGUGAUAUGAAAUUAUGAUAAAUAUACACAUUAAACGAGAAAGAUGUCUUAGAGAGAGACUAAAAAAAGAUUUGAUUAGUAAUGAUAAAAUUUAUUUAAAUAUAGAUGAUGAUAUAGUAAGGGAUAGAAUCCAAUGACGUAGGAGGAUCCAUAUAGCCGACCCUACCUAGUAAAAUAAAACUUGGUUGUCAUUAUUGUUGUAAAUUAAUGAUUUUUUAUUAAUGACCAUAUUUUACCAACUUCUCCUUGCAAGUAGUUUUCUACUUUUCCUUGGGGGAAAAACAAUUUGCAACUUAAACAACUUCCUUCGGUUCAUAUACUACAAAAAAAAAUGAUUAACCAGGUCAGAUAACGUCGAACCAGGGUGAUCGACCCAGCCCACGGAAAUUUUCCACCGGCCACCUGGAUAAAUUGGAGAAGUGCACAUGGAGGCCCAUCGUGACAGUCAAUAUUCUCAGGACGGCUGCCCAUUAAGGACGGUUCAUAUACUACAAGAUACAAUGAUUCCAGCAUUUUGCUUACUUUUUCUGUCAAAUUUAGCACAAGGUUUGAAGAAAUGAAGAUGUCUCUGUUCUUAAAUAUCAACUGUGGCAUAUGCAAACUUUGUACCAUUCUUCUUCAUAGAUGGAUAUCAAGCCUUGUGCUUUCUGCAGCAAAACACUGGUCAAUUUAACUGGUUGAUGAUAAGCAUCCUCAGUGAUACGUUUUGGUUUACUUGGAUGGAAAGAUAGGAGCGGAAAGGGGUCAAACAUUGCACAUGGAUGGAUGAUGGUCUUCAUUGGCAUCCAUGGAUUGAGAAGGCGAAGGAGGAGGAGGAGAUGCAAAUGAUCCUACAACGGUGGCAUUGGCAGCGGCUGCAGCAGCGAUUCUUUGGAUUGACUUUGGGGACAUGGCAGCUGAAGGAAGGUGGUGUGGUGGGAGGGAGGCUGGGAAGUUGAGACUGGCUGACGAGCCUUUGAUGCAGAGAAGAGCUGCAUCAUAGGCCCUCGCCGCAGCCUCCGGCGACGAAUAAGAGCCAAGCCAUAUCCUCGUCUUCUGAUGGGGUGCUCUGAUCUCCGAGACCCAGGAUCCCCAGCUUCUCCUCCUCACUCCCUUGUACUGCCUCUUCCUGCUACUGCCCAUGCUUAGGCUGUGAUUGGAGCCAGGGGAGUGAAUUGCACUACUCUUCCCCAUGGAAAUAUAAUGGUGAUAGUCCAGUCUUAAGUGAGAAGAAGGAUAGCAAAUUUAUAGAUGACAGACAUAAGGGUAGAAGGUUUCCUUCCUCAUUCAAGGCAUACUCGAGCAAUCAACCUGACUGUAGUAUCAAACAAGUGAUCAGCUGCAGGAAGGAAUAAGGAUAGCUGGUGCCUGCAAAAGACUUUUGCCCUCAACAACAGAUCUUACUGCUUUGCUAUGGAAAGAUGAUGGCCAAGAAGACCAUGCUCAGCAAAUUUGUUCAUCCAAAGCGGUUCCAUGCUUGUUUCACUCCUUCUAAGACAAU